GCCGUCUGCGUGGCGGAAGCGGACAGUGCACACCGACGCGCCAGCGGAAAGCCUGGCUCUCGGAGGCGGGCACUGACCGCUGUUGUUGGGGACGCGUUCCUCGGCGGGGUGGGGUGGUUGUGAGCUUUGCAGUUUGCAAACUACGGUUCUCAGACGGGCGAGGAACCACUGUCCUGCCAUGCAAGGAACUGAGGCCUGAGAACUUUGAGUGGGACUUGGGGACAGGAAAACGGAAGGGCCAGAGCCCGGUGACGUGGACGCUGGAGGCAGCUACAAUGAAGCUGAAUCAGAACACCAUACUACUGGGCAAGAAGGUGGUCCUGGUACCCUACACCUCCGAGCAUGUGCCUAGGUACCACGAGUGGAUGAAGUCAGAGGAACUGCGGCACCUGACAGCCUCCGAGCAGCUGACCCUACAGCAGGAGUAUGAGAUGCAGUGUAGCUGGUGUGAAGACGAAGACAAGUGCACCUUCAUUGUGCUGGAUGCCGAGAAGUGGCAGGCCCAGCCUCGCCCCCCUGAAGAGAGCUGCAUGGUGGGAGACGUGAACCUCUUCCUCACAGACCUAGAAGACCCCACCCUGGGGGAGAUCGAGGUCAUGAUUGCAGAGCCCAGCUGCAGACGCCAGGGACUUGGCACCGAGGCUUCCCUCCUGAUCAUGUCCUACGGAGUGACGAAGCUAGGUCUGACCAAGUUUGAGGCCAAAAUCGGGCAAGAAAAUGAACCCAGCAUCCGGAUGUUCCAGAAACUACACUUUAAGCAGGUGGCUAUGAGCAACGUCUUCCAGGAGGUGACACUCAGGCUGGCAGUGAACGAGUCAGAGCGGCAGUGGAUUCUGGAGCAGACAAGCCACAUGGAAGAGAGACCCUACAGAGCUAGGAAAGCAGAGCCUGGGACAGCCACCCCGAGUGAGCAGAAGAGUUGGAAUUACAUGCUCCCAAGGCCAGACAGCUGCACGGGAGAUAAAAGCACAGUAUCUUCAGUCUGCUCCAGGCCCUCCUGAGCCUGUGUGGCCUCCCCUGGCUAGCCAUGGUCAAGAACACCCCUUCCAACCCCGAACCAUACACUGACUCUGACUGCACUGGAAGGGGUGGAGGUGGGAACUAGAAACCAGAAGGAUGUGGAGAACCAGCCUUUCCCUGGGGCCCUGGCUGAGUAAAGCUCUCAUGGGGCAGCUUCCUUCA